AUGAAGGUUGCUACUUUUCUAGGACCCAUUGCAUUAGCUGCAAUUGCAGUUGGAGAAAAUCCGAACGUAUUCAAAAUAGAUUUCAAUGUUUUAAGAGGAAAUAGUAAAAGAGACUUAUCACUCAUAGAUGAAAGGCCGUAUGUUGUUAAAAGAGACGGAUCUGCGGAAAUGGAAAUUCAAAAUGAAAGGACAUUUUAUUUGGCUAACUUGAAAGUAGGAUCAAACGAAGAUGAAGUGGGGGUUUUGGUGGAUACUGGGUCUUCUGAUUUAUGGAUGAUGUCUCAUGAUCUAACUUGUGAAGCUGUUUCUUCGUCAUCAUCAAAGAGAGAUGUGAUUGUGGACAGUAAAUUACCAACGACCGAUAAUGAUAAUAAAGGUGGGAAGGAUAAAGUGGUGGAUAAUAAAGACCAAGCGCACGCAAAACAAGUAUCGAAGUCGAGUGAAGAUGUAGCUACUAAAUCUUCGGAUGGGAAUGAUAAGGCAUUGUGGGAUUUUGGUGACACUACUACCACUAUUACUACAAGUCCGGAAAGUCCAGGAUCAGGGGGCGGAGGAAGCGGAAGCAGUGGUUCGAGUAAGAGUGCUGACGGCUCAACUACUAACACUUGUACUUCAUAUGGUUCUUUCAAAACUGAAGGUUCGGAUACAUUCAAUCGUAACUCAUCAGCCCCUGCAUUUUCUAUUAGUUAUGCUGAUGGAACAGAUGCAUACGGUAUUUGGGGGACUGACGAUGUUCGUUUCGGCGAUAUCACGGUAAAAGAUUUAUCAUUUGCCAUUGCAAAUGAGACCAGUUCUAACGUUGGUGUUUUAGGUAUAGGUUUAUCCGGAUUGGAAACUACUUAUUCUAGCCAAUAUGGCGGUAAUUAUCAAUACGAGAAUUUACCAUUGAAAUUGAAGAGCCAGGGUACUAUUGAGAAAGCGGCAUAUUCGGUUUAUUUGGGUGAGAAGGCUGCCAAGGCUGGAUCUAUCUUGUUUGGUGCAGUUGAUUCGGCUAAAUACACCGGCGACUUGCAAACUGUGCAGAUUGUGAAUACUAUGAAGAGCUAUGGUUAUUCUGAAGCUAUUAAGCUAGAAAUUAUUGUCAAUGGCCUCACUUUCAAUGACUCCGGCUCCGAAAUCGAUAUCACAUCUAACGAGCAUACUGCAGUGUUAGACACUGGUUCCACAUAUUCAUACUUCCCAACUUCUCUUUUGCGAUCCGUUGGCGAAACAUUAAAUGGACAAUAUUCGUCCUCCUUGGGAGCGUAUAUGAUAGAUUGUAUUGGUGAUGACGAUGAUUCGUAUUAUUUCACUAUUGAUUUCAGUGGUGCCAAAAUCCAAGUCCCAUUGUCUGACCUAGUCACUGAAUACUCUACAGACCAAUGUUUUUUGAGUAUCUUGCCGCAAACAGGAGCAGAUUACAUUUUAUUUGGUGACAAUGUUUUAAGAAGUGCUUAUCUUGUUUACGACUUAGAAGACUUCGAAAUUUCCUUAGCUCAAGUGAAAUAUACUUCGGACGAGAGUAUCUCAUCCAUCUCAUCUUCUGUCCCAAAUGCUAAAAAUGCCCCAGGUUAUUCUUCUACUGCGAUUUCCACCGCUUCAGAUGAUUCGAAUUCGGUAACGACUUCUAGCUUUGGUUCUAAAAAAUCCGAUGCUUCAGUAAAUAAUUUAUCAACUGUUAAAUGGUACAGUUUGAUUUUAGGCUUUGGCCUUUUAGUAGGUGCAUUUAUAUAA